AAGAUACACAUCAAUUAAAGAAAAGGAGAAGGCAAAAUUCGUUUAUAAUUAAACGCAAACGCGUUUUUCAAACUCGACUAAUCAUCUCCUUCAUCAUCUUCAUCUUCUCCAGAAUUGACUUAUCAAACAAGAUUACACCUUUCUGAGGUUUUAUGCAAAUGUAGUGCUAACAAGCCAUCCCUCGAUUUUUCCCCGCUCAUUUUUUCCGACCAAACCAAAACAUUCUUCUUUUCUUUUCCAUCCCAGAUCGAUCUCUUUGUUUUCAGAUAAUUUUCAUUGUCUUCGUUUCAUUUGCAUCUUUUCUCUGUUCUGGGCUCGUUUGAAUUUUUGUCUUGUGUAGUAUUUAUGUGGAUGACCUGAGUAGGGGUUUUUGCUUGUUCCAUCUGUAUACGAAGUUUUAAAUCAUCGCCUCAAUCCUAUUAUCGUCGGAGAAGAAGAGAACAAGUGGUAGAUUAUAAGAGAUUUGACUUUCACUUAUCGUGUCUAUGAUCAUUAGGAAUGCGAUCAGAUCAGAUCAAAUUUGUGUUCUGUUGAUCAGAUCUUGAUGUGGAAAGCUUGAUGCGAUCCUGGAGUUAAAGUAGAGAGAUAUUUUGAUGGGUAAUGCUUGCGUAGGACCAAACAUUACUGGCAAUGGUUUCUUGCAAACUGUUUCGGCUGCAAUGUGGCGACCACGGCUUGGAGCUGAGCAAGCUUCUUCUUCCCAUGGUAAUAAGGAAGUUGCCAAAGAAGCAGCUUCAGAACCAGUUCCUGAUCAAGUCCAGAAUAAGCCCCCUGAGCCGAUCACAAUGCCAAACCCAAGGACCAGUCCCGAAACCUUAUCGAAACCCGGUCUAGAGAGCCAACCUGAAGAAACCAAGCAGAUAGUUCUUCCUGAUGAAAGCAAACAGAAUGCUCUUCCUGACAGCAAGCAGAAUGUUCUUGUGCACCCUGAGACAACAAAACCAGAAACCAAGUCUGAAUCCAAGACAGAGGCGACAAUACCAGAAACAAAGUCUGAAUCCAAGCCAGAGGCGACAAUACCAGAAACAAAGUCUGAAUCCAAGCCAGAGGCGACAAUACCAGAAACAAAGUCUGAAUCCAAGCCACAGGAGACAAUACCAGAAACAAAGUCUGAAUCCAAGCCACAGGCGACAAUACCAGAAACAAAGUCUGAAUCCAACUCAGAGGCUAAACAUGAACCUAAAAACUCUAAGCAUAUGAAGAGAGUGUCCAGUGCAGGGCUUAGAACUGAGUCAGUGUUGCAAAGGAAAACUGAAAACUUUAAGGAGUUCUAUUCAUUGGGAAGGAAACUUGGACAAGGGCAAUUUGGGACCACGUUUUUAUGCCUUGAGAAAGGUACGGAAAAAGAGUAUGCGUGCAAGUCAAUUUCCAAGAGGAAGCUUUUAACUGAUGAGGACGUUGAAGAUGUGAGGAGAGAGAUUCAGAUAAUGCAUCACUUGGCUGGUCAUCCAAAUGUUAUUUCCAUUAAAGGAGCUUAUGAGGAUGUUGUCGCCGUACAUCUUGUGAUGGAGUUGUGUUCAGGUGGGGAGCUUUUUGAUAGGAUCAUUCAACGUGGACAUUACACAGAGAGGAAAGCUGCUGAGCUUGCGAGAACUAUUGUUGGAGUUCUAGAGGCUUGUCACUCUCUUGGUGUUAUGCAUCGAGACCUCAAGCCCGAGAAUUUUCUAUUUGUUAGUAAAGAGGAAGAUUCCCUCUUGAAGACGAUUGAUUUUGGACUCUCAAUGUUCUUUAAGCCAGAUGAGGUUUUUACAGAUGUUGUUGGUAGUCCGUAUUACGUAGCUCCAGAAGUUCUUAGAAAGCGUUAUGGUCCUGAAUCAGAUGUGUGGAGUGCUGGUGUGAUUGUUUACAUUUUGUUAAGCGGGGUUCCUCCUUUCUGGGCAGAAACCGAACAAGGUAUUUUCGAGCAGGUCCUCCAUGGAGAUCUUGACUUUUCAUCUGAUCCAUGGCCAAGCAUCUCUGAAAGCGCAAAAGAUUUAGUGAGGAAAAUGCUUGUUCGUGACCCCAAGCGAAGACUAACUGCACAUCAAGUUUUAUGUCAUCCAUGGGUACAAAUUGACGGUGUGGCUCCAGAUAAACCUCUGGACUCUGCUGUCUUGAGCCGUAUGAAGCAAUUUUCUGCAAUGAACAAGUUCAAGAAAAUGGCUCUUAGAGUCAUAGCUGAGAGCUUAUCAGAAGAAGAAAUAGCUGGUUUGAAAGAAAUGUUCAAGAUGAUUGACGCUGACAAUAGUGGUCAGAUCACUUUCGAAGAACUGAAAGCAGGACUAAAACGAGUUGGUGCCAAUCUCAAAGAGUCAGAAAUUCUUGAUCUAAUGCAAGCUGCUGAUGUGGAUAAUAGCGGAACAAUUGACUACAAAGAGUUCAUAGCCGCCACAUUGCAUCUAAACAAAAUAGAGAGAGAGGACCAUUUGUUUGCUGCCUUCUCCUACUUUGACAAGGACGAUAGCGGCUUUAUCACCCCAGAUGAGCUUCAACAAGCUUGUGAGGAGUUUGGUGUCGAAGAUGCCCGCAUAGAAGAAAUGAUGCGCGAUGUUGACCAAGACAAGGACGGGCGAAUAGACUACAACGAAUUUGUGGCAAUGAUGCAGAAAGGAAGCAUAAUGGGAGGACCUGCGAAGAUUGGUUUAGAGAACAGCAUUAGCAUAUCUCUAAAACAUUAGUUUUCAGAUUGCUAGAACAAGAAGAGCUUCCUAUUGUUUUCUAUGAAUGAUGAUGAUUCAUGAUUGUGUUCUUUUUGUUCUCAACAUUUUGAUGAGGUUUUGUCGUUAGACUGGUUUAGGUAAAAUCUGUUUUUGUACUGUGUACUUUUAUGCAUAUACACAUAGUUUUUGUCUGCAAACUUU